AUGAACUCGCCGCACAACUCGCUCGCCACCAUCCUCGACAUCCAGGGCGUCCAGCCUCCGGCCCCCCAGGCGGGGGAGGAGGGCGACGGCGCGAUUCUCAUGAGCUACCUGCGCGAGCACUACAACCCGGCCGAUGAGCGUUAUGACGAGCGCUAUGCUCCUCUUCCUCCCAGCGCUCCCACGCCCGCUUCGCCGCCCGAUACCUCGGUGCCGAUCCCAUCCUCGCUCGCUGCGCUGGCGGCACCAGCCCCUGAUGCGCCGUACCUUGCCCCUCUGCCGCCCAUGGACGAGUUCCCCGGUUCCACAGACACCGUCGCGUUAGACCGUGGCGAGAUGGGCGGCAAGCGUCGCAAGGCCCCUCACGAGCGUGCCGGCUGGAAGGAGAUUCUGGAGGAGGAGGAGCGCGCCAAGGCCGAGGCUGCGCAGCAGGCAUCUCAGCAGGCUCAGCAGCAGCAGGGUGAGGAGGCGCAGAAGGAAGAGGAGUACGGAUCCAAGAUGAAGCGCGCUAAACUUAGCAAGGAGAGUCGCGCUGAGCAGAACCGCAAGGCGCAGCAGGUGUUCCGCCGCAAGCGCGAGGAGAAGAUGAAGCAGCUCGAGAUUGACGCGAUGGCGCUCGCCGGAACUCGCGCGCGCCUCCAGGCUGCUGAGGAGCGCAUCCUCUCGCUCGCAUUAAACCUCGAUGCAAAGACGAUCGAGGCGGCCGCGCUCCGCGAGGCGCUCGCGACUGCUGCUACGCGCGGGCAGCUCUCGCUCGUUCGCCCUGACGGCGGCCUGGUUAUCGCCCCGGCCGAGUGGGAGGAGCGCGACCGCGACGCGCCCGCUGAGCGUGUUACAGUUGCGUGCGACCUGCUCGCCAAGGCUAGCCGUGAGCUGGCCAAGGCAAACCGUGAGAGGCGCGAGCAGGGUCGUCACGUGUCGCUGACGCCGGUGACGCUUCUCCCGCCUCUUCCAAAGCCGACGGGGGAGCGUGUGCCCCCAUCUCCUCAGCCGUAUCCGCAACUGCAAGCCGGGUUCCAACUCUCGCCCACGUCAAACUAUCAGCCGCCCUACGGGCAAGCUUCGCUCGGGGAGAAACUCAAGGCCAGCGUGCGCCUGCACAAUACGAGCAAUGCGCCCGUCUACGGCGUCAAGAUGAUGAUGGAGAUACAGAGCCCGAGCGGGCGCGUGCGUCUCGGCGAGGUCGUGCACGGCGGCGAGCGGCCGGAGGGCAUGGACCCGAGCCAGGCCGAGACGAGGGCUUGGAACGAGCUGCCGCAACUCGCGCCCGGAGAAGGGGUUGAAUUGAAGGGAGAGCACGAGCUUGCUGAGUUGGGGCUGCAUAUUCUUAUCUGCAGCGUGGCGUGGGAGACGGAGGGGGGAAGACGGACGUUCCAGCGGUUCCUCAAGUUCACUGCUGCUCUCCCGCUCGCGAUCAAGACACGCGUCAUCACGCCGUCAGCGCCAAACACUGCUCUCGACGCCGACAAGCGAGGGGACGUCUACCUCGAGGUCUUGAUGCAGAACACGUCGCCUGUUGCAAUGCGUUUGCAGUCAGCGGACUUGGACGCUGUUACGGGCAUGACGGCGCGCAGCAUCAGUUCUCCAGACCCCGACACAGAGGUGGACGCGAGGAGCGCCGGCGGGGACGACAUUCUCCCUGGCGACACGGUGCAGCGUCUCUUCGUGCUCUCGCCCGAGGCCGACGGCGGCGACACGCCAACAGCAGAGAAGAAGGAGGAACAGCUACCCCUCUCGUCCUUCCCGCCAACGUACGCUGCGGGCACGGUUCUCCCCCUCGGCCGGCUGAGGCUCUCCUGGCUCUCCGGCCCGCACCACGAGCCCGGCUCCUUCGUGACCUCGAUGCUGAACCGGCGCACAACGCUUCCGCAACCCACGCCCUCCCGCCCCACCUCUCUGCUCUCGCUUUCGAACAACCCCCGCCUCUCUCUGAAUCGCUCGCUGAACAAGCCCUCGCGCGAGGGAUGGGAGUGGGACCUGACCGUAGCGGGAUCGCGGCGGGUAGAAGCCGAGGAUGAUCUGGAGCUCACCCUCCGCCUCGGCGUGAGGACAGCAGGCGAAGCGCCCCCGCCAGAGACAGAGUUUGGCGUGCAGGUUCUCACCCCCGUCGCGACGGGGCAGGGACAGGGUCAGCGCCGCGCGUCUCGCGCCAGUACGCCAAUUGGCAGUGUCGGCACGCCCGUCCCCGCCGUCCCCGGUUCGCGGCCCAUGACUCCCGUCAGCAGUCAGCUGCGGCACGCCAUCUCGUCCCCAGCAGGUGCAGCUGCGGCUCCAGCUCCGCCGCCGAAACCCGCCUCCCCCCUACCGAGGCCACAGUCCAUCCAGGCCUCGCCCACAGCCCCCGCAUUCCCGCCACCGCCGACCAUCUCGCGCCCCGGCGUCAUAGGGGACGGACGCGUGCUCGCCCUCGGCUCGAGUCUCGUCACGCUCAAGAUUGGCGACUGGAAGUUGGUCAGGGAGCAGGCGGGCACGAGCUAUGCUGCCGAAGCCCCCGGCAGUACGACGGGAGGAACAAAGUACGAGGCCCACUGGGAGGGGAAAGUCCGCUGGAAGGCGAUGGAGCCUGGUGUCGCGGACUUGGGCGGGGUUAGGGUGCUGACUAUGGGUGAGGGAGGGGUGGGGAGGGAGUGGGAGUUGGGGAGCGCUGUUGUCUUUGAUUAG